AUGCAGCAAUCCCUGUUGACGUGGUGGUCUGGAAGCAUGGCGACGCGGACCUUUGCAUCGGCGGCUGCCAACGAAGCAGCACAGGAGGCAGAGAUCAACCCGUUGCUACAGACCCCAGGACCUUCAAGGAGAGGUGGGGUGGGGCAGGAGGAUGCUGCCAGCAGCAGACGCAGGCUGGGUCCCAGAGACAGGGAUCCCAAGACAGCACAGGCGGUGCAUCGGGCCAUCCCUAUAUCUCCCAAAAAGAUGGCAAUGUGGACAGACCUGAUGCGGCGGCAGCACCUGGAUGAUGCCAUUGUGUUGCAAUCAGCCAAGGCAAACGCUGUUCACAACCAUGGACUAGAUGGCGACAGGCUGAGUGUGGACCUGAUCCAUGUGGGGCAGGGGUCUCACCUGAAAAAGACCUGGCCGCACGGCCGCGGCAGAUCCGGUGUGCGACGCAUGUACCGCUCACAUCUCACGGUGGUCUUGCGAGAGUCGGAUGCCCAGCGAUUCAGUCAAUUCCAGUUGCCUCUCAUGGAGCGGCAGAGAAGAUUCAUGUGA